AAGAAAUCACACUCUACGCUCCACUACACUCAGUACGCACCAUGGCUGAAGGAAAUCGAGUCCCCAAAAUAACAGCUACUAUAGUGAAUGUAGCUCUGUUUAUUCUACUGUUGCUGUUCAACUACUUCGCCAGCAGACCAAACGAAGGCCCGUUCCGCCACCUGUUCGGAAAUGCUACAACUGGAGAAGUGUCGGACAAAUUUUACAUCGAAAUCACGCCAGCAGGCUGGGCAUUUUCAAUCUGGGGUUUAAUUUACGCUUGGCAAACUGCUUGGAUAAUCUACAGCCUGACUUUACUGUGCAGAGUGGGCUCCCAAGGCCUGAUAUCGCCCGUUCUUCUCGUCGUUUAUGCAGUCUCCAGUGUUGUAAACAUCGCCUGGCUGAUUUUAUGGAGCCGUGAGCUGAUUCAAUCCUCCUCGAUUCUGCUCUUCGCGAUUUCGUUCCUACUUUACGGAACAAUGGCCAUAUCGUACGCCACCGUGAACAUAGAAGCGAGAGCAAUUUCCAAACGCGACUUUAUCCUUAUCCAAGUCCUUGUCAACAAUGGUCUCGCUCUGUACACAACUUGGUGCACCAUCGCUUCCCUCAUAAACUUGACCAUGGCGAUAACGUAUGUAAACGGGGUCGCUCAGGACGUUGCCUCGACAAUUGCCCUCGUUAUCCUGGCUGUGGAGAUUAUCGUGUGGUUUUCGCUGGAAAAUACGAUUUUGGACAAAUUUGUCCGGUACACGUUGACAAUCUAUCCCGUAGUGAUCUGGGCCCUCUCUGCAAGCAUCAACAAGAACUGGGAUCCCGCUAAACGAAAUUCCAUCAUCUCGGUGAUUUUACUCGCCGUUGCUUGUACCUUGCUGGUUGUUCGUGUUGCCAUUGUGGUUUGGAGGCAGAUGAAGCAGAAUUCGCGAACAGUCGGCAAUAGUUCGACACUGCUGUUACACAGUUAAGAAAUACUUGGAGGUUGUAGGUUAUCUAGCAGGAGGUGGGUCGGGGGUGGGGUGUUGACUACACUAAUAGAAUACAGAUAAAUCUCCCCACCCACUCCCCCUAAGUUUUAUUGAAAUGAACUUGCAUUGAUACCAGGAUAAAAUUUUCUAUCGGCAGCAAGAAAUGUAUGUAGGCCAUUAAAAAAGAUAAUAUAUAUUUUUACUUGGCACGAAGGAAA